AUGAGCUCGACCUCGUCGUCCUUCUCGGUCCCAAUCCCGGCCGAGUACCAACAAGACCUCGACGACGAGGAAAUCCUCGCCUCUCUGGGUCAGUACGCGCCCGUCACAUCCGAGAGGAAUGUGUGGGCAUUCUGGGACAAGGGCGUGGCGGUGAUGCCGGGAUGGUGCAAGCGCAACGUGACGAACUGGGUCCGCAUCCUGGGGCCGUCCUGGACGGUGCGGGUUCUGGACAUGGUGUCCGACAGCCCGAACCACACGCUCAAGUACCUCCCCGCCGACUUCCUCCCCGAGACAUUCGUCCACGGCACGAUGGACGGCCCGUAUGUGGGGCCCCACUCGGCCGACUUCAUCCGCGGAGCGGCGCUCUACCUGCACGGCGGCGUGUUCAUGGACGUGGGCAUCAUGCUCAUCCGCCAUCUCGACCGCGUCUGCUGGGACGCCCUCGCGGACGAGGCCUCGCCGUUGCGGGUUAGCGUUCCGCUCACGUAUGGGCAGAUCAUCGCCAACCAUUUUGUUGCCGCUCGAAAGGGCGACCCUUACAUCAAGCGCUGGCACGACCUCUUUCUGCAUGUGUGGCAUGGCCGCACAAACUACCGCGGCAUCAUCAAGCACCCCGUUCUGCAGUUCGCUCUGACCACCAGUUCCUUCGACGAGAGCAAAGAAGCCAGCUUCAACUGGAACUUCAAGGUCGACCCGGAGACGGUAUUCGAGUACAUCGCGCAGGUUGUGUGCAGGACGCGGCUCACGCACCUGGACGAUGCCGGCGACGGUUUCUCCUGCGCAGACUACUGGGAGAAGAAAGUCCUCACCUUUCGCGCGGUCGACGAGAACUGGGGCGCCGAGUCGAUGGUGGGGUUCGAAGGGCCGAAGCUGCGCGACCUCCUCGCGCUCCGUCUCGACUCGGAACCGUCAACGCCCGAAUACGCCAAGGCGUCCAAUUUGGUCUGGCGAUUGCUGACGAGGAGCAGCAUGCAGAAGGUCUCGCACGGCAAAGGGCUGACCAGCGAUGUGAUGCUGGGAGCGUUGUGGGAUAUGCCCGAGAAUGAGACGGCGGACUGCGCGCCGGGCACGUUUGCGUGGCUGCUGAGGCAGGGGCCGCUUUGUCUGCGCCAGACGAGGGCGGCCGUUCAGAUUGUGCCCGCUCCGCCGGUCAAGGAACGCUGGAGGAAGGGGGUGCUGGAGCCUUGAGUAGACUGUAGGGACCCAAAGCACUAUCGCCCAUGUAUGUACUUGUACUACAUCCAUACCCAUGGACCUUCUAAAAAGGGUCCAGGUUGUUUAAUGACCACGGGUCCUUGCUUUUGGCCAUGGGACCAAGUUGACCUGUGGUUAUACUUCAG